GCUGCAGGUGCGGAGCCGCCGCCGGCCGCACCGUCACCGUGAACAGCGUGCGUGCGCGCUCCCGCUGACAAAGUGACAAAGAUGGCGGCCGCCGCCGGAUCAGGCGUUAAAGUUCCCCGCAGCUUCCGGCUGCUGGAGGAACUGGAGGAAGGUCAGAAGGGCGUUGGCGAUGGUACGGUGAGCUGGGGUCUGGAGGAUGACGACGACAUGACGCUAACCCGCUGGAACGGCAUGAUCCUCGGCCCGCCCAGGACAAUCUAUGAAAACAGAAUAUACAGUCUGAAGGUAGAAUGUGGCCCCAAAUACCCGGAGACCCCCCCUUUUGUCCGCUUUGUGACCAAGAUCAAUCUGAAUGGUGUGCACAACUCAAAUGGUGUGGUGGAUACGAGGGCGGUGGGAGCGCUGGCCAAGUGGCAGAACUCAUACAGCAUCCGAAUGGUGCUGCAGGAGCUCAGACGGCUCAUGAUGUGCAAAGAGAACAUGAAGCUCCCGCAGCCGCCCGAGGGCCAGGUGUACAGCAACUGAGGCUCCUGCUGCUGCUGCUCCUCCCUGCCAUGAACACACGUACACAUGCACACACACACACACACACACACACACACACACAGACACACAUACAGACAUACACGGCAAUGCACCUGAUCAUAAAUACCUACGCUGACUUUACCAGCUUGAAACCACACACAGUCCACAACAGCAAAGCGCUCCUCAUAUUACCCAAGACUCUUUGCCCUCAGCCCCGCCUCCGUCUCAGACCACGCCCACUUCCCCCGUGUCCCUCGGGAGCUUCCCAUUGGACAGAGAGAAGGAUGCACAGGUGAACUCAGCCUCGCCAUUCGCCACCCGAUCGUUCCUGAACGUGCAGACCAGACAUAACGACGACAAAGAAAAAAAUACUGUACAUCUUACUAAUCUUAUUUUUUAUUAUCUUUGUGUUCUACAUCCGGAUUGUAAAAUAACAUAAAUGAUCUUAUUGAGUGUAUCUGUCGUAUGUGUGUGUGUGUGUGUGUGUGCGCGCGCGUGCGUGUGUGUGUACUGGAUUCUUGGAGGGUCGGAGGGACAGUUACUUCUUACUGUAUGUGUAACAUAUUGAGGGAUUUGAGACGACUCGCCGCUCGGCAAAGGAAAUAGAACUGUAAUCCCCCGCUGAAAUAUGGAUGUUAAAUGUGCAGAACAUUCUGCUUUCGCUUUUUCAACAAGAAACCUCAUCACCUUGCAGAACGCUGACAUGGAUCCCCUUUGGCAAAAAAAAAAAAAAAGAAAAGAAAAAAAGAAAAAAAACAACAGUAUCUCCCCAGCAUCGCUUUGCUUUGUUUCCCAGGCUGCGUCAGUCUCAAAUCGAGUAUCCAGUUUCUGCAAUCCCAAUGAUGUGAAUCUGCUGGGCUUUUUUUUUUUUUUUUUUUUUAAGUCUUUUUUCCUUUUUUUUUUCACAUGAGCGCAUGUACGGUACAUGGGAAUAAACUGCUACUAGACAUUCAGCGGCUUAUGUAUCAACAGGGCAACCCUGGCUCAUCACUCAUGUUCUCAGACUUGUCCUCUGUGUGCCAUAUGGUUCAUAGCGCUUUGUGAUGGUGAUUGAUCAUUAGAAGCCAGUGGGGGUACAGGUCCUACUCAUGCUUUUCUCUUCAAACAACGUGGAAUUUGAAACACUCAUUUUGUGCGCUUGGCACCUUUUCAGGAUCACCACUGUACUGUGGCCUAUGUGGAGAGGGGGAGAGCUGUGUUUUUCUUUCUUUUCUUUUGGUUUUCAUUUUUUUUUUUUCUCUUUGUUGUUGUUUUUAUUCUUUUGGUUCUCGUUUUGGUUUGUGUUAUCCCAGGGCUGACCUGUUCAUACUCCAUGGAGUCAUCUGUGAGACAGUGAACGCCCACUGAAUGCAAUGUAUGGCUUUAGAUGUUUAUUUUAUAUCGGGUGUGAAUCUAGUCAGGGUGACGGUGACCUGUUGCAUGGUUUUAUUUGAAUUAAACGUCAUUACUUUUGCA